UUUGUAUCUCUGCUGCACCGGUUGAUCUAUUCUCCGUAGAGGCGUGAAUCGCCUUAAAGUAAGUAAGCUUUUCACGCCUAUUUAGAUGAUAUUUUCUUAUCAAUAUUUCUUGAUAAGUUCACUAAUUAUUAUUUUAUUUGAUCUUGUGACCGAGGCACAACAAUGACCUGAUGUGGAGAUGGAGGAAAGUGUUCAAGGAACAACAUUCCCUCAUUUCGUUAGGCGCAGCUCCUGGAGCAUUGACAGAUCAAUCACCUGAAUAUCCCUCAGGCAGGACUCCUGCUGAUCUGGCGUUUGUCAAUGGACAUAAAGGAAUUGCUGGAUACCUUGCAGAUCGCUUUUUGGAUAUCCACAUUUCAUCCAUUAAUUUGGAUCACCAAGAUGAUGCUGCAGGACGAAAAGCAGUCCAGAAAAUUUCAGAAACAAGUGCAGCACCACUUAGCUUAAGGAAUGCAUCAGAGGUCGGCUUAGCAGGUAGAGGUCGGCCAAAUCUGGGUAAGGAACUGGAAGAGGAGAAAGAAGAGGACAAGGGGCCGGAGGAUGAGGGGCCAGAGGGCAAUGGGCAGAAGGACGAGGAACCGGAGAAGGAGAAAGAAGAGGGAAAGAAACGAGCACCAGACUCUGCUCUGGAGAGUGGAAAGGCAAACAAGAUUUUGAAGGCAUAUUUAGCAUACAUGGCUCUGUUGACCGCAUAUUACAAUGUUCAAAGCAUGGUGACAAAUCCAAAUGCUUGUGUUGGUAUUUUUUAAGGCUUCUAAAAACACUGGAGAAAGAAAGCUUUCUUACAUUGUCGAUGGAUUUAAACUGUCAGCGAUUCCCGUGUUGGGGGGAAAACACCGGUGGAAUUAUGUGUGUUUCUGUAUAUGUUGGUUUUAUCUCCAUUUGAUAUAUUUGAGCAGGAGUGAUGUUGAUGUAGGAGUAGGACAGUGGGCUUUGGAGGGAAUUUUAGGGAUGAAUUUAGGGUUUACUUUGUGGUUAGAGGGGUUAUUCAAACCGCCAAGGUACGAGUGUCUAAUACAAUUUUUUUACAUAA